AUGGUGGAUAAUAAUAAAGUUGUUCUUUUUCUCGGACGGACUGGCUCUGGCAAAACAAGCUUAUUUAAUUUAAUGUCGAACUCAAAGCAACGCUUAGGAAAUUCUGUUUCAUCUACAACGAAGAAAUUCAUUAGUAAAACAUGCUGUCAAGUGACUUAUAUCGAUACAAUCGGCUUUCGUGAUACUGAAGAUGAAAAUGAACAUCGACUGAAGGUCAUACUUUUCCUGAAAGAAAUCCGAAAUGGUUUUGAUAUCAUUUUCUAUUGCAUCCGAAUGGACGUGUUCACUUCGGAUGAAGCGAACCUAUUUUCAGAAGUCUACGAAACUGUUCUGACAAAAAAAGCGUACAGCAACUCAUGUUUGUUAAUCACAUUCUACACUCGUCCUGAUAUAGAUGAAGUCAAUACGCUAAACUCACCUGAACGUCAACGUUUGUUAGAAGAAUGUCGUUCUAACUCGAAAUAUAACGCUAUUCUGGAUCAUUUCGAAGAUCGAAUCUUUUUUGUCGAUAUAAGACAAGAGGAAAACUUAGCGGACUACGCAGUCGGUAGUACAAGACACACUCAAUAUAAAACAUUGAACGAUAUGAUUCACGAACGGAAACAAAUAGUCUAUAAGCAUUUAGAAAAAUUUAUUGAAUACUUCUUUCCGGAAAGAUUCGAUUGUGAAAAUAUGAAAACAAUGAGGGAUUUGAUAUUUAAAAACGAUCAACUUGAAGAGCAGCUCAAUGAACUCAAAGAAAUCGUUGUUGAUCUUGUCAGUGAAAGAUCCACAUCGACCUUCUACGAUCUCUUACGUUUUAUGCCGGUUACAAACAUGUUUAUUGAUGUGUUCGAAAGAACUCGCCGUGAAAAAAUCGAAAAACGUCUCAACAAUGCGUUGAAAAACUAA